CGCGGCCUGUAAACAUCCCCACUUCCAUGAGGACUCUUAGGACUCUCGUCAUUCGGCUCUAUCAAAAGUAACAUUUUACAGUUUAUAAAGGCACCCGAAGACAACCCGUCGAAAUGGGGCGAGAAGAUCAAAUCGAAGAGCGCGAAGUGCUCGAAUCUAUUUUCCCCGAUGAAAUCACAGAUAUCUCUGAAACCGAGUUUAGAGUUUCUGUCGCGUUAGACAUUCCAGGUGAAGAAGAUCAAGAUCCUCCUACCAUACUUCUCCAAGUGAGAUAUCCAGAAGAUUAUCCCGAAAAGCCACCCCAUCUCGACAUCCUCGCUCCUCCAAAUGCCACACCCCACGAACACUUCAACGUCGCAGAAGACCGCGACCAGCUCCUUGCCAGUCUCGACGAUACUAUUCAGGAAAACCUCGGAAUGGCCAUGGUCUUUGCAAUUGUAUCAACAUUGAAGGAUAAUGCCGAGCAGCUUGUCCAAGAACGCAAGGACAUCAUCACAAAGGCACACGAGGAAGCUGCGCUGGCUGCUGAGGCAGAGGAGAACAAGAAGUUUCACGGCACAGCUGUCACGCCUGAGACAUUUUUGAAGUGGCGUGAGGGUUUCUUGAAGGAGAUGGAGGAGAAGAGGCAGCAGGAGGAAGAGGAGCGUCUUGCUGAGCUGAAGAAGGCGAAGACCAAGGAGCCCGCUCGCAUGACAGGUAGACAGCUCUGGGAGAGAGGUCUUGCUGGUAAGGGUGAAGAGGAAGAGGAUGAUAUGCCUGUCGAGGGUAUCGAGAAACUUAAAGUUGAGGCCACAUGAGGUGGUAUAUAACAAACAUGCAUUACUUGGGAGUUGGGGCUUGGGAACUGAUACAAAAAGGCGAACAGCUUACUACGGCUUGAGACGACGAAUGCUGCCACCGAUUUAUAUGGCAUUGAAUGGCUACGAAAGGUAUUGGGAGGCCUAGUACUGUCAUGAUGAUAUAGACUUGGGUCUGGGCCAUCCAGUUUUAACUACAACUAGAGGCAACAGGGUUUCUUCUAGAUAUGCCCAUUUUUGUUCCUAAACGCCAUACGUAAUGCUCACUUAUCCAAUUUCUCUGUCCUUACAAAAAGUCAUCAACCUUGCAUUUCAGCGUCUUCCUCUGCGCCAUCACUGGCAUCCUCCCAGUCAUCUUCCUCACCAUCAACUGGCUCGCCAAGCUCCUUGUUGAUCUCUGAUAGCAAUUCCUUGGCAUGCUCACCCAAGCGCUCAUCUUCGUAAUCCUGCUGUUGAUAAAGUUUCAAGCACUGCAUAAGCCAUUGCCGCGAUGACUUCCAUGAUCCCUUCCAUUCCUCGCUGGCCUUGGCUUCGUCGUUCCAUGGCUUUGAGGCAAUAGUCUUGAGCUUUUCGCCUGUGAUAUAUAGACACCAACCACCCAAGUACCAUGCCUCAACACUUGUGUCGUCAUCUGUAACAAGUCGCUCAAGCACACUCAAUGCCUCAUCUUCCAAUUCGGUCUCCAUCAACAAACGAGCAAGCGCGAUCCUGGUGGGGAAUUCCGGAACAUCAGGGUGCUGAGGAGGAAGCUUCUGCCACAGCUCGAGACUUCUGCGCAGAGCUGUCUGAGCCUCGUUGGCGCGGUUCUGCGAGAUUCUAACAUUGGCGACUGUUUGCCAUGUCUCUGGCGCAGCAGGGGCGAGGAGCAUGGCUUCGGUGAUAAGAGUCUCACAACGUGACUCGGCAUCAGGUUCCCAUGACAGAUCGGUCAUGUACACUUCAGCCACAGCGCACAGGACUCCUCCGAGCUUGUGUUGCUUCUCCUGAAGGGCGGUCCUUUGCUCAGGGGUUGGCGAUCGAAGCUCGCUCAGAACUGCGAUCUGCUUUCGAAGAGCGGUAGCACCUCGCUCAUACCAUUGCACACUAUCUAGACCACCCUCCUCACUAAGCUGUGCAAGUAGCAGGAACUUCUCAGGACCUCCACCAAUCUUCUCAUCUACGGUACCGUCUUCGUCAAGAAAUACUGCGCGCUCAAACGCGGCUCGCGCCUCGUCAAUGUCGCCAGACUCGACAAAAAUUGUACCUAGAAGAUUGGCAGCACUGAGCUCAAAGUCGCCGCCCUGACCGGUAGCAUCAAGAGCUUGCUGGGCAAGGGUGGCAGCCUCUUCUAAUUUCCCGACCUCGAGUUGAGUUUGCGCAUCGACAAGGAGUCUUGCGAUGUCCGGAUUUGUCUUUUUGGCGUCCGGUCUUGAGGGCGCCAUAAUGCUCUGAGGCGGGGUGUGUGAUUGAUAUGAGAUAUGUCGACG